AUGUCCUCAUUCCUCUUCAACUUCGCAAUCGAAGACGUUCUGUCGAGUGCUCUGAAAGACUUCCAACAUGUUGGCUUAGAGCUUCUACCGGGUGAGUGCGCGAGCGACUUAGAUUAUGCUGAUGAUAUCGCCUUAGUUGGUGACGAUCCUCAGAGUACGCAACUCAUUCUGGAUCGUUUGGCGGUUGAAGCAUCUAAGUAUGGCAUGAGCUUCGCCCCAGUGAAAAGUACUGCUCAAAGCUUGGCUUUCACCUGCUCCCGUGCUCACUCUCAAAUGUGGACAACUUGA